GUACAUAUACAUUUGCAGAGGAACAAAAUCCUAAGUUUAAUAAUCUAUACUUUUGGAGAUAUUUAAACCUAGUUUUCUUCCUUUUUUCUUCGGAGAUGAGUUUUCGAUUUCUGUAUAAUGUGCAGUUAUAAUGUUGAUAUUUUUCUUAAAUGCUUCAAUAACUGAGCUUUCUUUUUCAAGAAAAUGUAGCUAUGUUUUGUGUUUUUUGAAGGUUUGGGUGAUUUGAAGUGGUGUUAGUUGCUUAACAAAAUGUUUGGGUUCUCGAAACGGCGAAUGAAGCUCGGGAGGUUGAGCUCACCUCAAGGAACUAGAAGUCCGAUGAGGCACCCUAAACGUUUUAGCAAUUCCAGUGGUGAAGCUGUUCCUCACAGUAAUAAUGAUUCUGAAGAAAAGAGCUGUCAAUGCUCAUCAGGUGCACCGGAGUUUAACAACUGUGCUUCAGGUGGCACAGAAAAUUGGAUGCUUCUUUCUAUAGCUGGAGAAAAACCUACACCUCGCUUCAAUCAUGCAGCAGCUGUUGUUGGAAACAAAAUGGUGGUUGUCGGUGGAGAAACUGGUAGCCGAUUGUUAGAAGAUGUUCAGGUUCUAAAUUUUGAUAGCUUUUCCUGGACAACAGCUUCAUCAAAGCUCUACCUCUCGCCCACUAGUCUUCCUCUAAAGAUCCCAGCGUGCAAGGGCCAUGCUUUGGUUCAAUGGGGGAAAAAGAUUCUUAUGGUUGGAGGGAAAACUGACCCUGCAAGUGACAAAGUCUCAGUCUGGGCAUUUGACACUGAAACUGAAUGCUGGUCACUUCUGGAAGCUAAAGGAGAUGUUCCGGUAAAGUUUCAUGUCCUCUUGUGCAAUCUGAUUGUGCAAAUCCUUUUCUACUUUGUGAUAUUCACUUCAGAGGACUGA